UCUCCAACAGUCACUUUGACGCCGCAGCACCCAGUCAUGCACAUACACAGGCCUACAUAAACACACAUAGACACACAUGCACACAGGCCGCCAUUCACACACACACACACAAAUUCCCAUAUGAUCAGACCCCGGAGACCAAAGAGACUAAAAGGCCGUAAUAAAUGACGCAGAGAGAAUAAACCUGAAGAGAAAACGGACCAGGACUCUAAGAAUUGGGAAGAAUUUAGGGGCAAGCAAAGGGAACAUUUUGGCCUUCUGGGUUACUGUCGCCCCGUAUCCAGUGGUUUAAGAGGCAUUUGAAGAAAGGUUGGUCUGCGUUAGGAGGCGUCAUACCGCAACCAUGGACGGGGAGGAUGACAAGAACUCGGUGGAUAUCCAUGAUAACCCCCCAGCGCCUGACAACUUUGUGAGGGAGGAAGGUGACACUGUCUACUUCAUCUACGAUGAGGAGGUGGAGGUGGAGGAGAAGGAGCCUGAGCCUCCCUCCGAGCCGGUGGUCAUGAUCAAUGACAAACCCCACAAGUUCAAGGACCACUACUGCAAGAAGCCCAAGUUCUGCGACGUCUGCGCGCGCAUGAUAGUCCUGAAUAACAAGUUUGCUCUGAGGUGCAAAAACUGCAAGACCAACAUCCAUCACUCGUGCCAGUCCUAUGUCGAGUUCCAGAAGUGCUUCGGUAAAAUUCCUCCUGGCUUCCGAAGGGCCUACAGUUCGCCCCUGUACAGCAGUGACCAGCCAGACCCAUCCAACACCAACCGUAACGACCCGGUGUUCGACACGCUGCGUGUCGGUGUCAUCAUGGCCAACAAGGAGCGCAAGAAGAACGACAAUGACAAGAAGAAUAUGAUGAUGAUGAUGGAGGAGGAGGAAGAGGACGGCGGGCAGCCCAAAGAGAACGAGGAAGGGGGGGAAGGAAAACCGGAAGACCAGAAGAAGGAGAAAGGAGGAGACAAGGCAGAUGAGAAGAGUAAGGGAGCAUUCUCCCAGUCUCAUUACUACCUGGCCCUGUACCGCUUCAAGGCCAUAGAGAAGGAUGACCUGGACUUUCACCCCGGUGACCGCAUCAUAGUGCUUGAUGACUCCAAUGAGGAGUGGUGGAGGGGGAAGAUGGGGGAGAAGACGGGCUACUUUCCUACCAACUACCUGAUUAAAGUGCGAGCUGCGGAGAGGGUGUACAAGGUGACACGCUCCUUUGUGGGGAACAGGGAGAUGGGACAAAUAACAUUGAAGAAAGACCAGAUCGUGGUGAAGAAGGGAGAAGAGAAGGGGGGAUACCUGAAGGUCAGCACUGGACGCAAACUGGGCUUCUUCCCAGCCGACCUACUGGAGGAGAUCAUCACCGUGCAGUAGAGGCUGCUAUAGGGCUGGGCCUUACAGAUCUACUCAACAUCAAAACAUGAUCGUAACAUGUUUCUUUCCUUUCUUGCAUGUGAUGUCAUCUAUAGUGAGCCAGAGCGAAUCAGAUGAUAUAGUGGUCUGGGCGUUGGACUCCCAGCCUUAUACAGUAAUUGGUCUUGUAUAAUGUUCUAGUUUAUGGCCCAGUUUAAGUACUUUAAUCUAGAUGCUUGCAUUGAGUAAUUUAUGAAUAGAUAAACGUUUCAUAGUUUUAUGUAGAGAUGUAAUAUUAAAAUAGAAUUUGGUUUUGGAUAUUUGAUUUGAGGCUAGCCUAACUUGGGGACGAGGGCUUUUUUUCAAUGUACUAUUCUUUUUAAAUGUAAAGUAUUAGAGCAAAGUAUAUUUCGAGCAAAGUAUAUUUUCAUAUUGAAUUUGUCUAGCAUAAGAUAGAUAUAGAUAGAGGCUUCUAAUAAAAUCAUCAAGCUAAACAUGAAGUUGAUGUUUCAUUGAAAAUAUAUCGUAUUUUUACAGGAUUAUAAAAGGAGAUACUUUUCUCAUGGUCUGGAACAGACAUUUUAAAGACAUAAUGUAUGGUUACAAUCUAAAUAUACAAUCACUUGUAUCUCAUUAAAGUCUAAGCUUUGCACAAAGUAAAAUGUGGUACCAGUUUAUCUAUGGGGAACAAUAUAUAUGUUGCCUCAUCAUACCAUCCAGAUGUUCAAAUUUGAGUGCAGCAGAGAACCAGAAUGUUAUAUCACGAGAUGGGAAUUGUCGUGAAGUUAGUAUUUAUGAGGCAUCCUCCGACACUAAGAUCUCUUCACCAUGUCACCAUGCCUCUGAGAUGUCCCAGGUUCUUUUUUGACGCACACAAAAGCCCUGUAUAUAUGUUGAGCAUCAAUAGGUAUUUUUUUAUUAUAUAGUGGUUACUUUCAAUAUUCACCAUUUCAUUUUAAUAGGACUUGCCUAAUCUGCAUUUUUGCCAAGUUAUAUUUCAUAUAAAGAAAAAAUACCACAGAUACAAUUUGAAUUCCUAAUUACCAAAAGCGGCAUGUGUAGGCCACUUUUGAUCCUUUAUAAAGGCCUACUGGUUCCUAAUAACAUUAGCUGUAACUUGAAUAUUUUAUUUUGGUUGCCAUCUAGUGGAUAGCAAAAGCAAAAGUGUUUAAUCACAUUUUCUUAUUUUCAGGGGAGUGAAUUAUUUGCGCCACAAGUGUGGCGUUGAGAAUAUGUCAUUAUAUCAUAAUUGAUUAUAUCUGAAAAAAAUCUUAUUUUACAAAGCACAUACAUUGGAGUCUAUACUUCUUCAUAAGACUUACACGCACUGAGGAGACACAGGGAUUCUAAAGUGGAUUUAAACUGUGACCCAUUGUCCAACGGUAAGCUAA